AUGAACGAAGGAAAAAGCUCGAUAUAUAAGGGGAAAGGGUUUAUUUUAAAGACAGCUAACAAGGAGUACAUAAACAACAGUAUCUGCAAUAGAAGUAAAAACAAAAGUAGUAGAAAUAAUAAAAAAUAUAUAUUUGUUGAAAGGAAAAAGAGUACGUUUAGCAGAUAUAAUCCUGUGGUCAUGCCAAUUUUAUUUAAUAAAAAUAAUAAAAAGAACAAUGAAUAUAUGAAAAAGAAUGAUAUAAAUAUACUCAACGAAGGGGAAAUAAACAGCUUCUUGUUAAGAAAUAAAGCUUUUAGAUUAACAUGGUCAUGUAUAAUAAAAAAAAUUAAAAAAGAAAUAGAUAUGCAAAUAUCAAAAAAUUUAAGUAAUAUAUUUGAAGAAAUUUUUCUAUAUUCUAUAUCAAACAAUGAACAACUCCCGUUGAUUCUUAUGACAGCAGGUACGAACGUUGCUGACCAUGAAAUAAUCAUUGACACGUUAUCCUACGAAUUUAAAAGAUGGAAUUACAAAAAGGGUAGGAUAUCCGAAGAUUCUGACAUUUUGAAACUCUUGUGCAAAAGUGAAAAAAAGGGAAGAAGCGAUAAUAAUUAUAGGAGUGGUAAUAAUGAUAGCUGCUUUGAUGAUAGACACUGUAAGGACGAACCAUAUGAGGAUAACGAUAUAUAUGUGUGUUCGCUCAACUCAAGUACGUCUAACAACAUAAAUUCGUCCAUAUACAAUAUAUACAAUCAGCUUUAUAAAGAGUAUAAAAUGAGAUCGUUUUUAGCGAAAUAUAGAAAGAAAAAAGGAAACAAUGACAAUGAUAAUUAUGGAUAUGGUUAUGAUAAUAGUUAUGAUGUGGGUAUGCAUACAAGACGAACCAGCAGUAGGGACUCAUUCAGUUGUAUAAAAAAUGAAAGAAAUAGUGGUAUUUCCAAUUUUUCCUUUUUUUUAAACAAAGAAAUGGACCAAGAGUGUAAAAUUAACAAAAGAAUGGUGAGCAUAGAUAAGCUGGUUGAACUAUAUAAACUUAUGAGUGAGGUAAAUAUGCGGAAAGGGGGGGGGUCGAGUCAUAAAGGUCAAAGCGGCGUGCACACGCCCUCCUUGGAUGCAACUGAUGAUAAGUAUAAUGAGAGUAAUAAUGACAAUAACAUCGGCAUUAAUAGCGGAAAGGUAGGUGGGGUCAGGAGCAACAGUAGUAGCAACAACAGUAACAGUAGUGAUGGAAGCUACUGUAGCUACGAUGAUAACAGUGAUAACUUGCGUAUCAACUACAGGAAGUUGGAGUUAUACAAUAAGCAGAACGAGUACUUUGCGGAUGGCAGGAAGAAGGUUCGAGUAGUAGUCCUUAUCCACGAUUGUGAAUAUUUCAAUAUAAAUAUAUUGAAUGGAAUAUUGAACGUGUUGAUAAACUUACGAAUAGAUAGCAAGAUGUGUCUAAGUGUUAUACUAGGAGUAUCUACUCCUUCGUUUUUCUUCAAUCGAAUAACUACUCCUGAUACUCAGAGCAAGUUAAGAAUAAAGACAGUAGACAUACUGAACAAUAAAUUAAUUUGUGAAUAUAUAUGUAAUAGUAUACUGUUUGAAAAUUUUUUGCCAUUUAUGAUAAAUUUUCGAACAAUGCAUGCAAUAAAAUUAUUAUUACAUAAAAAUAAUCAAUCAGUUAGUCACUUGGUUUAUAUUCUUUAUAUAUUGACUAAAGAGUUUUAUGAUAAUAAUUUACUCUCUUUUUUAUCGCUACCAAUAUAUUAUUAUUUAAACGAUGAGCAAGGGAAUGAUAAUUUGGAAUUUCAAACCGAGUACUCUCCAUACACCUUUGUUCGUUCAAACCAAAAAUCUUUUUCAAAUUAUUUAAAAUAUGAUAUCAGAACAUUGCAUAAAAAAAUUAUUUGUCUUUGUUACUCGUCGAAUUUAUACUAUAGACAUUUAUCCUAUUUAAAAAAAGUCUACUCUAAUGUAUUGGUUCAUAAUUAUUUUUUGCUACAUGGAAAGGAUUCAAUUGUACAUACACCUACCAACUCCGACAAUGAGUUGAUAAACUUUACACUAAAGAGAAAUAGGAGUAACAAGAAAAAGAAAAAGAAAAGUAAAGAUGACGAUAAUGCGAGUUGUCACUCACUCAGUUCUGAUCCUGAACGGGGUAGUUUUACUAACACGGAUAAAUUAAGCACAGAUGUGAAUAUGGUUUCUGUACAUUGGGAUGAAAAAAGAGAAACAACAAAAAAAAGAAAAAAUAGCGUUCACUUGCACAGUACUGGUGGUAUGGCUCAUCAGUUAAGCGGUAAAACAAUGCUAGCUCAGCAGGGAGAAGGAAGCGGAAACAAUUUGCAAAAUGGCAUAAAAAAUGAAUAUGAAGAGAAGAAUGGCGUAAAUGAUCAACAUGAUACAAAUGCUCAGUACGGAAGAAGUACGUUCAAUAUCAAUGGUGGUACAAGGAAAAAUGAGACAGCGGAUGAACAAGGAAGUAGAUGUCAAAAUGAUAGCAUAUUUAACAGGAACCUACAGGCAUGGCAAUUCAAAGCAAAUGCAAUAAACUGGUGGUUUGAUCAUCCGUUUAAGGAUUUAAUUUACUCAUAUGAGAAUAAGAAAAUAAAAGAUAAUUUUAUAAAUAAUAUUGACAAAUUACUAGAGAGCACAGAAGAAAAAUGCGUAAAGAAUUUAUAUGAUAUAAAUAAUAUUAAAGAUAUAAAUAAAUGUUUAUGCGAGUCGUCUUUACCUACCUGUGUUCUACAAUUAAUUGAAAGAAAAUAUGCCUUUAACAUUGCCAUCAAUUUUAUUAAUAUUGUCAUUAAGUGUAAGUCUGAAUAUGCAAAUUCGUUAAAAAGAGCAGAAUAUUUUAGGAAAUUAUUUGAAAAUUUUGAAAAGGUAAAAUGGCAAGAAAACACAAGUAUAUUAUAUAUUGAAGAAUUGUAUAAAAUAGUGGAAAGAGAUGUAAAAAAAUGCAUUAGUUUUUUAAUUGAUAUUAUUACUCCUUAUUAUUAUAAAAAUCAAGAGAUUUUGUUAGAUAUGCUAAAAGAAUUUAAAAAAUAUUAUACUACUGUUUAUGCUAUUGUUUAUAAUUUAGAGGACUACUUGUAUUUAUUAAAAGAGAAAGAAUGUCAAAAGGAUAAGGAAACAUAUAUGAACGACGAUUUUGCAAAAAGCUGUACAGUAUAUUCUGUUUCCUACUCUAUCUAUUAUUCACUCCUUACAAAACUAGAUGAUCUUAUUCAAAUGUUAAGACAGUACAUAAAUGAAAAGAAGGGUGCACCGGGUGGUAGUACUACCACAACUGCUGCUAAUGGAAAUUUGAAAAGGUUGGUGAACUGCAAUGUUUCGAAUGAGACACACCCGGAACAGGGAUUAGUAGCUGAGAUGAGAACCGAGUUAGAAGCAGGGUCAGAAGCUCAGAUGCAAAGAGGAAAUACUAAAGACGACAAUGAGUUCGACACAAACGGAGAGGCAUAUCAAUUCGGCAGAAAUACAAAGUAUAGGAAAAAAAAUGAAGGAAGAACAGGAAUGACAAUGAAGAAAAAAGCGUAUAAAAGAUACUUAACAAUACAGAACAGCAGUUUAAAAAAUAGACAAAAUGGUGAACAUAUGAAACAAAUAAAUGUUGAAGAUAUACUAGAAUUGUUAAAUCAGUUUGUACAUGAUUAUUUAUAUUUACUAUUACUACCACCAAUAUACCAUCAUCCUCUAGCAUAUGAACUAAUUAUACAUAGACCCGAUCGAGAUUUCACAGACAUAAUGACAAGAGAUAUAAAAUAUGAACUCUUACAAACAUUAUGUUAUACCAAACCAUAUAAAACUGGGAGCCUGAUGUGUUCAUGUUGCUUUUUUCCAGAAAAUUUAGAAAAUAGUGAUCCUAAUACUAACAUUGUAUGCGACAAUAAAAUAUAUUUAAACCCCUACUAUGAUAACAUAUCAUCUUUAGAGGACUUGGUAAACAUUUACAGGAUUUAUGAAAAAUGUAAUAAAACCAUGGAUUUGUAUAAUCUGUUCAUUCUUUUUCUAAAUAUCAAAAUAGACACAUUGGGGAAAUACUCUAUGGAAACUACAAAAGAACUACAAUCGAAAUCAUUGCAGAAGGAAGGAGAUGACUACUUAUAUGGUGAAGUGUUACAAGAAUAUUACUUAAAAUUCAUAGUAGCUGUUAGUACCUUUUGCUCUUUCUUUAAAAUUUUGAAACCUCCAAAUGUAUCAGCUCUUCUAAAUUACAAUGAAAAGGGAGAAGAAAUAUUUGAUGAUGAUGAUGAUAUUGAUGAUAAUACUACUAAAGGAAGGCAAGGUGCAAAUGCGGAAGAAUCUGUUACGAAAUUUUUAGCUGAUAUUAAAAAGUCCUUACAAGGAUGUACUAGUAAGAAGCUAUUGUUUGGUAAGUUAUACUAUAACCAAACAAUUGUGUCAAGGGAAUUAUAUUUGCAAAGAAUGAUAGACUAUAAUUCUGAGUAUAAAAAUCAAGUGCAUUUUGAAAACGAUAACAUUAAACGGCAAAAAAAUUGA